GCCACCUGUCAGUGUCCAUCAGUGCCAGCUGUCAGUGCUCAUUCAUGCCACCUGCCAGUGCCUAUCAGUGCCACCUCAAUGCCACAUUUCAGUGCAUACCAGUGCACACCAAUGCCACAUAUCAGUGCCCAUCUGAGCUGCCUUUCAGUGUCACCCAUCAGUGCCAGUCAGUGCCUACUAUCAGUGCUGCCAAUCAGUGCCACCUAUCAGUGCCAUGCCCAUCAGUGCCACCUAUCAGUGUCCAUCAGUGCAGCCUAUCAGUGCCCAUCACUGCAGCCUCAUUAGCACACAUCAGUGAAGGAGAAAAAUCACUUUGAUAAAAGUUUGAUAA